GUGCGCACAUGGCCGUCUCUGUGUGCCUUCCGGAAGGGCCCGGCGGGAAACGGAGCCACCGUGAGAAAGGAACCGGCGGCAGCUUGGUUCCUGCGCGGAUGCUGGGGCUGUAGGCGCCGCGCUUUGGGCUCGUUGCCGCUCACAGGGAAGAGGACGCCGGGGCUCGCUUUCCCUCCGCUGCCUCCGCCACUGCCAUGAUUCCAGUGUCGCUGGUGGUAGUGGUGGUGGGCGGCUGGACUGCCGUCUACCUGACCGACUUGGUACUGAAGUCAUCUGUGUAUUUUAAGCAUUCUUAUGAAGACUGGCUGGAAAACAACGGAUUGAGCAUCUCCCCUUUUCACAUAAGAUGGCAAACUGCUGUUUUCAAUCGUGCCUUUUACAGUUGGGGACGGCGGAAAGCAAGGAUGCUUUACCAGUGGUUCAAUUUUGGAAUGGUGUUUGGCGUAAUUGCCAUGUUCAGCUCUUUUUUCCUCCUCGGGAAAACGCUAAUGCAGACUUUGGCACAGAUGAUGGCUGACUCUCCCUCUUCUUAUUCUUCCUCCUCUUCUUCCUCUUCCUCUUCUUCCUCUUCAUCAUCUUCCUCUUCCUCCUCUUCCUCCUCCUCCUCACUUCACAAUGAGCAAGUGCUACAAGUUGUGGUUCCUGGUAUAAAUUUACCUGUCAACCAACUGACCUAUUUCUUCGCUGCAGUUCUCAUUAGUGGUGUUGUACAUGAAAUUGGACAUGGGAUAGCAGCUAUUAGGGAACAAGUUCGAUUUAAUGGCUUUGGGAUUUUUCUCUUCGUUAUUUAUCCUGGAGCAUUUGUUGAUCUGUUCACCACUCACUUGCAACUUAUAUCACCAGUCCAGCAGCUAAGGAUAUUCUGUGCAGCCUUUAACGCAGCCUUCCAGUCGCCCACCCGCUGCCCAGGAGCCAAAGCCUUUGUGGAGCUCUCAGCCAUGGCCUCAAACGACGCUCUCUACAGCCCCACAGAAAAUUCGGAGGUACUUACAGAUACCGUGGAGCUGCACCAGAUCCAUGUGGAGACCGUCCCAGUAGCGACCGUCCCUGUGGCGGCCGUCCCUGUGGAGACCAUCCCUGUGGAGGCUAUGGCGAUGGAAACCAUCACGGAGUAUGAGAUUAUCAGCGGCAAUUGGGUACACGGUGGCCACUACCAUCCGCCUCUGAUCGCGCUGCAGCCGCUUAUUACCAGCAACCCGAACCAAGGGGACCACAACCAGGAAAUAAUCAUGGUGCAGACACAGGAGGAAGUGGUGGGCUGCAACGAGUCAGACAACCUGCAGGCCAACAGCAGUUUCGAGGACCAGAUGGUCAUUCCGGUUGAUGAAAACGACUGCUUCCAGCAGACCCUGGCUUCCUUGUCAGCUACCACAUCAUCAUCAACCUACAGCCGCAGCAAGAAGCGCAGCAGCCGAAGCAGGAAGGCCAGCGGUAAGAAAAAUUACACCACCAAUGAGCCCCAGGCGGGAAGUAGCAACUCCAAGAUGGGCCCCAAGAAGUGGGAGCAGAAGCAGGUGCAGAUCAAAACCCUGGAGGGUGAGUUCGCCGUCACCAUGUGGUCCCCAAGUGAGAAAAGAGACCAUGAGACAGGACAGAUUGAGAACUCAGCUUCUGAUUAUUCAGAGUACAUGACAGGGAAGAAGCUUCCUCCUGAAGGAAUACCUGGUAUUGAUCUCUCAGAUCCUAAACAACUGGCAGAAUUUACUAGAAUGAAGCCAAGAAAACCCAAAGAAGAUGCUCCAAGAACAAUAGCUUGCCCUCAUAAAGGCUGCGUGAAGAUGUUCAGGGAUAACUCUGCUAUGCGGAAACAUCUGCACACUCACGGCCCUAGAGUCCACGUAUGUGCAGAAUGUGGCAAAGCUUUUGUCGAGAACUCAAAACUAAAACGACAUCAACUGGUACAUACUGGAGAGAAGCCCUUUCAGUGCACGUUUGAAGGCUGCGGAAAACGCUUCUCCCUGGAUUUCAAUUUGCGUACACAUGUGCGAAUCCAUACCGGAGACAGGCCCUACGUGUGCCCCUUUGAUGCUUGUAAUAAGAAGUUCGCUCAGUCAACUAACCUGAAAUCUCAUAUCCUAACACACGCAAAGAACAAAAACAGCCAGUAAGAAGAGCAGACCCUUCUCAAACUUGUGAAGUGUCUUCUAGGAGUGUGAUUGCAAAUAAAUAUGCCUCUCUUGUGUAUUGCUUCUAAGAAAUUAUUUUUUUAAUGAUUCCUACACAUCUAAGGGUCAUGUUUUGAUAGAGUAGUAAAAGUAAAAUUUAAAAAAAAAAGUAUUCCUUUAUAUAAGAUAACAUUGUUAAGAUGCUAUAUCUUGUUCUGUAAUGCUAUUUGAAAUACAUGGUGUUUUUGUAAAGUUUGGUCCCAACAGGAGGAUAAUUUAUGAACCUCACAUCAAAAGACCGUUCUUUAUACAACUGUUCUAAAAAUGGGACUUAUUUUCAGGGUUUUUUAAAUAUGAAGUUCAUGUAUUGCCUACAAAUUUUUAAAGUUCUGAAUUUUCCAGAUGUUCAUAUUUAUACUUUUAGGAAUGUGUUUGGUAAUUCUUUGUAUGUUUUUUCUGAAGGUUGAUAAUUUUGCUUGCAACAGAUUUUCUCUAAAAGAAUGAACAAUUACAUAUGUACAUAAAGUAUUUUCCUGUUUAAAAAAAAGUUAUAUAGGUUUUGUUUGCUAUCUUAAUUUUGAUUGUAUUCUUUGAUAUAAACACAUUUUUCCUAACUUACCUGUAUUGAUUUCCAUUGUAUUCAAUAUUAGAUGUGAUUUAAUAGUAUUAGUCAGUUUAAAUCUAUUUUAGUCAUUUUAUUUCCCCAAAAUACUGUCGGGUGCUGUUGUCUAGUAUAAUUUCUCUGCAUGUUCAGUUAGUGGUGCUCAGUUGUAGAAUAUAUUGUGUAUAUAUUGACUUUUUAACACUUGAUGUGUAUAUCUUGUGUAAUAGAAAAAGCAAAAAUAAAAUACCUCUUCUG